CAAAACUCCAUUUGAGAAAAAUGAAAGCCAGUUCUGGAAAGCCCAGAGAAUUCAGACCAGCAGUCCUACUGUUGAUCUUAGGGCUGCUCCUUAGAGACUCACGGGGAUCCAGCAUCCAAGGGUUUCUGGCUGACGUGGAGGUUCAUGGUUCCAGCAGGCUGACCAGAACCCACACUCUGCGCUAUAAUGUCAGAGCCCAUUCUCUGGAGGGGUCUGAGAAGACCCAGCUCCUGGUCCUAAUAUACGUAGAUGAAGAGCUCUUCCUGAAAUACAAUGGAGACAGCAGGGAGACAGAGCCCUUGGGAUGCUGGAUUAAGGGCCAUGGGGGAAAUGAGACCUGUGCAAGAGAGACUAACAAUCUGUUGAAGGUGGAAGAGAAACUCAGGGGGAUGAUGGCUGAGGUUAUAAACCAGAAGAGUCAGGAGGAAGGCCUUCACACUCUCCAGGCAACUUUGGGCUGUGAGCUUCUGAGUAAUGGGAGCACUAGAGGCUUCUGGCACCUGGGCUAUGAUGGGCAGAACUUCCUCACCUUUGACCAGAAGACUCUCACGUGGACAGUGGAUGGACCCUCCACCCAGCAGAACAAGAUGUUCUGGAAGACACAUGCACCCAGAGCUGAUCUAGUUAAGACAUUCUUGGAUGAUAUAUGUCCUGCUCACCUCCAGAGAUACCUCGCUUCCUUGAGAAACGGUCUGCAGGAUACAGGACCCCCAAUGGUAACUGUGACCUGCAGGAACUAUCCAGUAGGUAGGGUCACACUGACAUGCCGGGCUUUUAAUCUGUAUACCCGUGAGGCCACCCUGGUCUGGCUUCAGGAUGGGAAGCCAGUACAGCAGAAAACCUUCAGAUCUGAGACCAUCCUGCCCAGCGGGGAUGGGACCUACCAGGCCCGGGUGUCCAUUCGGGUUCUUCCUGGACAGGAACCACAGUUCAGCUGCAACCUGAGGCAUGGCAACCAUAGCAUCAUGCAGACAGCUGUCUCUGGGCAUGCUGCUGAGGACAGUCAGGAUGUUGCUAGCUCUGCUACAGCUUCAGCUGGAUCUGCACUCCCUGUUGUAUUGGCGGUGGCACUGGCCAGAGCCAACUGAAUCCAGAACACAAAGGACAGGACCAGUCUGUAUCCACUUGGAUAAUAAAUGCAAUCCGGAUAUCAACUGUGGACUGUAAACUGUUUCAAAAGUGAUCUGCACAUGCUAGCCCCAGGUAAUCCUACAAAACCAGAAACCCCUGGCCUUGAAAACUGAUCUAAGCCAGUCUAAUGGGUGUGAUUGCUCCCUGUCUCUUCAGCUGGGUCUGAAGUGGAAACUUAAGGUUUCUUUGGAAAGUCAGUAUGUCAACGAACAUUUCGCUGAAGCAAACACGUGAAAGGAUGCAUGACGUUAAGAAGGACCCAGCAGACAGUGGACAAUGCUGGAUGGUAUUGGUACGCCUUACCAUUGUUUAUUGGUCAUCUUUUGUCAGGACUCCAUAGAAAAACUUCUGGUGAUGUUCUGGUGGCUUCUUGCAGCUUCUGCAGACUCAGGCCGAUUGGCAGAGUGAUGUCGGCUGAUACAGUCUCAUGUGGAGUUUUGCUAAGACAGACUCACGUGCUGAAGCAAAACCCAUUGGAGGACACAUGAUGUUUGGAGGGAGUAUAAAUAGGAUCUAAUGGACAGUGACUGCGGGCUUGCAAGCUUUGUUGGUCUCUACUGAUCUUCACUUCAUUGAGAGAGGCACAAAGAACUUCUGGCGCCCCUGCUGGUCCUGGUUGCUCCUGCUGACUGAUGCUAAUUUGACUGAGGCUUGGCUGUUUCUGCCGGGUGGGGCCACCACUGAUGAUUCAUAUUUGAUAUCCUGACACUACUGAACUGGACUGCUAGUAUAUUCGUGAAGUGUUUAUGAGUGUAUCGAGCUCUGUUGACUCAUGUGCUAAUUUCCUGACAAUGCAGAUGGGAUUUGCUCCAAAGAACAAUUUCUAAACAAGUCCACUUCCCCUGUAUCCUAAUAACUUUCUUUUCCACUACCUCUGGUGGGUGGUGGGCUAGAAGGGAGGUUAAAGCAUUCAAGAACUUUUAUUUAAAACAGGUUUUAAAAAAUCGAAGCCUACAUGGGACAACAAACCAGAUGCUCCUAAUCAGUGCCCUAUUGCCCUAAUCCCCUUCCGGCCUUCUGCUAAUAUUCCAGCUUUCCUGGGCCCUGACGCCAUCCUAAUUUCAGCAGCUAAGUAGUUAAUCAAAUGCAUUGCCCCUUAUCCUCAUCAAAGGCUGGAAUGUUAAUCCAAAGGAAACUCCCUGGCAUAGAGGACAAGAUGGACACAAUUACUUAUGUAUAAUACCCACUGGCCUACCAGGCUCCCUCACUGUCAAAAGAUACCUGUUUAAAAAAAAAAUAGACCAAGAUCUAUCAGCAGGUUUGAUUAGCUAAAAUAUUUCUACAAUAUGAUAAGGCACUCUGUGGGAACUAAAGGGGGUAGGGGAAGGAGGGAAAGGGAGGAUAGCCUACAUCCCUCCAGAGUUCCUCCUAUGCUCUGGGCAGAUGGAUGCGGGAGGGCUGCCAGAUGCUUUCCACUUAGAUCCCCAGGUGGGCAUCUAAGCCACGGACCCCACUCGAUGGGGGGUAGACAAGGGGCAACCCCCUACCGGGAAACCCCCCCCCAGGCAACACCUUGUAGCCCCCAGGGUUAUAGGAGAGAGGGCUGAGGGAGAGAGGUUUCCACGCAGGCAAGAGUAAGCGCAGAGGGCCUUGAUGAACAGAGAUAGUCUAUGGUUUUAGAGCUAUAUUAUAGAAAGGCAGGGGGAAAGAGAGAAGGUAGAGAGAGAGGGGGGGAGACCAGCCAUGGCCAAGAGGAGGGGAGCGGGAGAGGGGGAAGGCUAGAUAGUAAGAAAGAGUAAGAGGGAGUAAGAGAGAGAGAGGAGAGGAGAUGAGAGUAAGGAGAGUAAGAGGAGUAAGAGAAUGAGGUGGGGCCAAGCAGCCCCUCUUAUGGUGGUGUGCUGUUAUCUUUACUGUAACUGGGAGGAGUCUUUCCUGAAGGUCAGAAGCUUGGGACAGCGUCUAUGUGACUGCUAGCCACGCCUCUCCUGUGGGGGCUGUGGAGGGCGGUAACUUCGACAGGAGCCUUGAAUCCAGGAGAUAUGAGAGAACUCCUUCUGUUCCACGUAGGUGAAUUAUCACCACCGGGUCCCGGGGUUCAGACCUCAGCUCGACUGGAGACCAGAUUGUCUGUGUAUAGCCCAAUGCCCCACAGCACUCCACCUGCUCUAUACAGAACAAAGAGGAUGAUUUUAAGAAUAAUUUAUUCUUCCUAUGCUAACCAGUCAGACAUAGAGACGCCCUAGGCAUAAUACAAAUUUUGUCUCUUUCCAAAUAGAAAAAGGUAAAAUACUUGGCUUCCAUUGACAUUAUCAGCCUAUACAACAGAUAUAAAUGAUCAUUCCCUGGCAAGGAUUUGAAAGGGGCACACAAGGCAAGGCAGAAAUGAUGGGCCAGCCAGACUCCAUCUUAAGGAGGGAAGACAUUUUGUUAUAAGGUCGGAAGAAGUUCACAUAGCAGGACAUUUGACCACAUUGUGAACCCCAAGAUUGUGAACUAGAAAAACCUUGUUGUGCUGUGGCUCAGCCCUAGGACACACCUUUAAUCCAAAAAGCUUUCUGUUAACAGGAUUAAAUAAAGUCAAUGAUAGGUCAAGAGGAACCCUAAGUCAAGAGGUGGAGUAAACACCCAACGCCCAGGGAUUGAACAUAAGGAUGUAGAAAGGAGGGUCUUUGAGUUAAAGGGUAUUUAAGACAGCAUGUGGUUGCUGGGAAUAGAACUCAAGACCUCCGGAAGAGCAGUCAGUGCUCUUAACCGCUGAGCCAUUUCUCCAGCCCCUGGGAUUUUGUUUUUAAAACAACAAGUUCAUUUCUUUUUGCUGCAAAAUUCGAGUCGACCGUGCUUUAACCUGUUUCAGGAAUUUGAAAUGCUCCCCACCCUGUAAAGUUUGACUCAGACCUUGAACAUACCCUGAGAAUGUAAGAUGUUCUGCCAAGUUCCUAUGUGACCAAAAUUCCACUAAAAAUACUCCCACCCUCUAAAACCCCUAGUGUGGCAGUUUGGGGAAUAUGUAAAUCCCACCUCCCACUGUGUUCCAUGAUCUUUUUCAAGCCCCCACUUUAGAGAGAAAGUCCUGUCAGACAGAAAAUAAAGCUUGCUUAAUUUGACUGAAAAA